AUGUCUUCCAAGAUCAUCGUGCUUGGAAGUGUAAAUUGCCAACUGCAAGCGGUUUUCACCAAAUUAGCCAACUUGCAGGCUAAGCAGAAUUUUGCAUUUGCCAUUCUUGUUGGCAAUCUCUUUGGCGACAGCUCAACAGAGAAGGAGCUGAAUGAGAUCUCUGGCUUGCUCAACGGCAGCAUCAAUGUUCCUUUGCCGACCUACUUCACCAUCGGCGACAAGCCACUGCCAACCCGAAUCGUGGAGAAAAUUGAGGCCGACGACGAGGUCUGCCCUAACUUGUACUUCCUUGGAAAGCGAGGCACUCUGAAGACUUCAGAGGGCAUUCGCAUUGCUGCACUCGGUGGUACCCUGGGUAGCAGCACAGACGCCCUGUCUAAGCCCGAGUCAAAUGCCAGUGGCAAGUUCCAGACUACAUAUAGCGAGUCAGAUGCUCGCGCACUCUACGGAACCCAUAGGGCAGAUAUCUUGAUCACCAACCAAUGGCCCAAGGGUAUCCGCUUCGGCUCCAAGGUAGACUUACCCGAAGACAAGAGCAUCAUGCCAGCCGAAGUCCAAUGCGUGUCCGAUAUCGCCACCACUCUCAGGCCUCGCUACCACUUCUCCGUCUCAGACGGCUUCUUCUACGAGCGCGAGCCAUUCUUCCACAUGCCAACUGAAGACAGCCCGGACGCCAAACCUAUCACCCGCUUCAUCUCUCUGGCAUCUUUCGGCGGUAAGCCAAAAGCAAUGUACGCCUUCUCAAUCGACCCCAAAGCAGCGCCCCCAAUCACAGUCCCAGCUGGCGUGACCGCUUCACCACUCUCUGCGCCUCAAACCAAGCGCAAAGGCCUUCCACCCCAGCGCGAAUCAUUCCACAGAUUUGCCGCCCCAGAUGAAGACAGACCACGCAAGCGCCCACGCGCCCCACCCCCAGGACCGGGCGAAUGCUUCUUCUGCCUGGCGAACCCAAAUCUUGCAACGCAUCUGAUCACCUCAAUUGGCAACGAAGCCUACCUUACAACUGCGAAAGGCCCUCUUCCGCCGAACAAUUACUUCCCAGACCUGGGUUUUCCAGGCCACAUGCUCAUAAUCCCGUUCAGUCACUCUCCUACCAUCGCUUCAAUCCCAGACGCGGAAACCCGCACAAGCACAUACAACGAAAUGCAACGCUAUCGGUCUUCCCUCCAUCAAAUGAUAACAGAUCGCUCAGCCGGGAAACUGGGCGCCGUCACUUGGGAAGUCAGUCGCGGAAGCGGAAUCCACAUCCACUGGCAGUUCCUGCCCAUGCCAUCCGAUCUGAUUCGCUGGGGGCUAGUCGAAGCAGCUUUUAAAGUCGAAGCCGAGAAUCUCUCGUAUCCCCGAUUCACAAAUACAUCCGCCACAACGGAUGGAUCUACCGAGCCGGGUGAUUUCUUCCGUGUGUGGAUCUGGAGCGGGCCUCAGGUCAAAAGCGAAAGCGAGAAGCCAGACGAGGAGGCAGAGAAGACCGAGGAGACAGAGAAGACCGAGGCGGUGGAGAAAACGCUUUUACUUGAACUCACGCCUGAUUUUAGAUUUGAUCUGCAAUUUGGAAGAAGGGUCAUGGCGAAGCUGCUGGAAUUGGAUAGAAGGAUGAAUUGGAAGGAUGCAACGCAGGCGUUUGAAGAGGAGGAGGGUGAUGCGAAGGCCUUCAAGGAAGCGUUUAAGAAAUAUGAUUUCUCCUUGGAGGAAUAG